AGUAUCUGCGCUCUUUUGUUCAGUAGCACUUGGUUGCCGGGGAGGUGAGAAUCGUUGUAGCUCUCCUCAUCACGUUUCGUCUGUCUCUCUUCUCUUUGCGCAAUAGGACGGACACCAGAUACCCCGUUUUUUGUGUUUUGGACCUCUCCAAAACGCGAUUCGUUCUUUUUUCCAACUCUUUCUACGGUUUUGGUGCGCUCGAUGCCUCGCACUGCUGACUGUGGCUCGUGACUAGCAGAACACCUGCACGGAAUCAGACCAACGUUACUCUGAGGCGGCAUCGCUCUACAUUCCUGAGGACUUGACAGAGACACCAGAGCGGCUCACGGUCACCUCCUCCUAAAAGGUCCAGGAUGCUGGGUGCGGUGGUCCCUGUCUGUGGACUGCAGGCUCUGCUGACGGCCCUCCUGCUCUCUCUGGGCUAUGGCCUGGUGUGGUCAGACCCGGUGGUGAACAUGAGGAAGGUGACCCACCAGAGGGUGAGGGAGCAGCUGGCUAACACCGUCCUGCUGCCCUGUGUCUUCACCCUGCGCCCCACCCCUACCCACGAGCCCCCCCGCAUCAAGUGGACCAAGGUGUGGGGCCAGAGGGGUCGACGACGGUCGGCAGAGGGAACAGUCCAUCCUGGUCGCCAAGUACAACGUGGUCAAGGUUAAGAAGGCAUUCCAGGGGCGUGUCACCCUGCCCGGUUACCAGGACAACCGUUACAACGCCAGCCUGGCGCUCAGCGGUCUGCGCUCCAGUGACUCGGGCAUGUACCGCUGUGAGGUGGUGGUGGGCAUCAACGACGAACAGGACACCGUGCCCCUGGAGGUUACAGGUGUGUUGUUCCACUACCGUGCCCCCCACGACCGCUACGCCCUGUCCUUCCCCGACGCCCAGCGGGUGUGUCUGGAGAACUCGGCUGUCAUCGCCACGCCUGCUCAGCUCCAGGCCACCUUUGCCGACGGGUAUGACAACUGUGAUGCCGGCUGGCUCUCUGACCAGAGUGUGAGGUACCCUAUCCAGUCUCCCAGGCCUGGUUGCUAUGGCGACAGGGAGGACUCACCUGGAGUGCGCAACUACGGCAAUCGGGCCCCUGACGAGCUGUUUGAUGUCUACUGCUUUUCCAAGCAACUGCAAGGUGAGGUGUUCCACUUGUCUGUACCAGAGAAGCUAAGCCUGGCCACAGCCUCUACCCACUGCCACACUCUAAGUGCCCAGCUGGCCACGGCAGGGCAGCUCUACCUAGCUUGGCAGGCCGGCCUGGACCAGUGUGACCCAGGCUGGCUGGCUGACGGCAGCGUGCGCUACCCCAUAAACCUUCCCCGGCGCAACUGUGGCGGGGAUGAUCCGGGGGUGCGUACUGUCUACCACAACCCCAACCGCACCGGUUUCCCAGUAACCACCACCCGCUUCGACGCCUACUGCUACCGAGAACGUGAAGCAGGAGUCCAGGCAGCCCAGCCAGGGUUCCUCCAAUACAGAGAGCCAGAGAACAACUCAUCAGACACUGAGCCCCAGCGCUCUGACCCCUUCCCCCAACCCUCCACCUGGACUGGCAUCGUGGACCUGGACAAGGAGGGAAUCAGCUCCAUCGCUAGUGGCAACGAGUCCUCUGAGAUCUCAGAGGAGCACGUGGUAAUCCACCUCCAGCCAGGGGAGGGUACCCAGCGCUGGGGAGAGGAGAACCAGGAGACCCAGGACCGAUCCAAGACUGGAGCCCCUCAGGACGCCUCCUCCAGCCCUAAGACCAAGACCAGUACCCUGAGUCUGUCUGCCCUGGAGAGUCUGGAGACCCACGGAGGUUCUGCCCAGGAGGAGGUGGAGGGUGAGGGGGACGAGGAGGGGCGUUUCGGGUCGUCGGACUCCCCUCUUUCCUCCCAGACCUCUCCAACACUCCAGGUCCAGACUGCCAAUAGCGUUCUCCAUAGCUUCGUCAACAACCUGAUGAAGCCCUUCAAGUAUUGGACGGGCUCUGUGGAGACCGACACGGAGGCCCCUCCCCCAGCCACACCUGCCUCACUGCCCGAGGGGACAGGAGCUGUGGUAGACCAGGCACCCCCAGGGUCGGCUAAGGUCAACCCCACCGAAGUGAGGCCCAAGCUUGGCAGCAAAGGAAGCACUGACAAUGGCAUCAUGGAGCAUCGGAGCGGAGGCCCCUCGCUCAAGACAUCCACCGGUGGGCUCACCAGCUCAGAGGAGGGUCUGACUGAGCAGGAGAAAGAGGUGGUCCCAUUUGGCCCUGUGAUCCUGUACACCCAGCCAGGGAGGAAGGAUCCAAGCACAUCCCUAACUAACCCUUCAGCCUCCUCCUCUAAUGGAUUCACAGAACUGGGGCCCGGUGGUAGUAGCAAGACUGUGGAGGCUUUGAAUGUAUCAGGAGGCCCCCACCAUGGCACCAGGUAUGAGCUGGCUUCAUCCCCAGGGGCCCCGGCACCAGCCACAGGCAGCCAGCUGAGAUGGGCCCUCAAGGCCAUGAAGGGUUCUAAGCUUGUGCCGGAGGGACACAUGGCCUACGUGGGGAAGGAUUCCACCUGGGAGCCAAUGGAGGCCAAAGCAGGGCCCCUGGAGGUCAUGACCCUGCCAACCAACCCAGAGAACUACUCUGGCGAGGGGAGGGACCAGGAUGAGGACCACAGCAUCCCUCGAGACGUCCUGGAAAGAGAGGAGGGGGAUAAAGAAACAGAGACGGAGGGAAGCGGGAGAGGAGUGAACGAUUUAUCAAGAGGCUUUGGAUCUAACGGUAACACCAAUCCAGCCAGCGGUGCCAGCAGCAGCACAAAGCCUCCGGUGUCUGGACUGAAACCCACCCAGACCCAAACCCAGAGCCAAACAGUAGCAGAACACACCACUAUCUCCCAGUGGCAGCUGGUGGACCAGCCCACCACCUCACCUGCAGCUGCUGCUGCUUCUGCUGCAAGCUCCAGCCAGGGCCCGGGGGGAACCGUUGAGGAGGCCAGGGGAGAGAUUGUCUAUGUCCGACGCCCCACUGAGAAACUGCUUCCAGCCACCUCCAGUAAGAAAGGUGGCUUCUCCCCUGUGGUCAGGAAGCAGAACCUGAACACAACCAGAGUGACUGAGAGACAACGCAGCCCAGAUGAGACCACCACACCUGGGGUUACCUCCAGAGCUGCAGCCCCUAUGGAGCCCCUGACCACCAUCAAAACCUCCACAGCAGACACCCAGAGAACAGAUUCCACCAGGGAGCCUCCUAUCUCCAUCGUAUGGGUUCCGGUGGAGAGAGAGAAGACAAUCAGUACCACACCUCUGACCAGAGAUGGACCACAAACGGCCACAGCUUCCACUCAGUUGACCACGCCAGUGUCCAUUCUGAAGAGCAGCGAUCGUGAGGCCGAGUCCAGGUUGGCCGUUUCAGAGUCGUUCGUGGUGGGAAAAGGGUGGAAGCCUUUGGGAGGGAGGAACCCCAAAUCUAAGGAGGACAAAACCCCUGUGACCACAGAGAAGACAGAGAAGAACCCCUUUGGUGUCUUUGUGCCCACCUGGGGCUAUGACCUCAACCCUUCAGCUGAGGACAACCCGUGCCAGACCAACCCCUGUCUGCAUGGAGGCAGCUGCCUGCCGGAGGGCGACGGCUACAGCUGCUACUGCCCGCAGGGCUACUCUGGAGAGAGCUGUGAGAUCGACAUCGACGACUGCCAGUCCAACCCGUGUCAGAAUGGAGGCACCUGCAUCGAUGAGAUCAACUCCUUUGUGUGCCUGUGUCUACCCAGCUACGGUGGAGCCGCGUGUGAGAAAGACACAGAGGGCUGUGAACACACAUGGAGGAAGUACCAUGGCCACUGCUACAGGUACUUCAGCCGCAGACACACCUGGGAGGACGCAGAGAAGGACUGCAGGGAGCACAGCGGACACCUGGCCAGCAUACACACACUCCAGGAGCAGGACUUCAUCAACGGUCUGAGUCAUGACAACACCUGGAUCGGACUGAACGACAGAACGGUGGAAGAGGAUUUUCAGUGGACUGACAACAUGGACCUGCAAUAUGAGAACUGGCGGGAGAACCAGCCGGACAACUUCUUUGCGGGGGGAGAGGACUGUGUGGUGAUGAUCGCCCACGAGAACGGCAAGUGGAACGACGUGCCCUGCAACUACAACCUGCCCUACGUCUGCAAGAAGGGAACAGUGCUGUGUGUGAACCCUCCCACCGUGAAGAACGCCUUUCUGAUUGGUCGUAAGCGGUCCCACUAUGACAUCCACUCAGUGGUGCGUUACCAGUGUGCCGACGGGUUCCUCCAACGCCACGUCCCCACGGCCAAGUGUCGUGCCAACGGCAAAUGGGAGCGGCCCAAAAUCAUCUGCACUAAGUCCCGGGGAGCACAGCGCUACAGGCGGCACCAUGACCAUCACAACGGCCGACGGGAGCGCAGAAAGCACAAGAAGCACGGCCAUGGACACGGAGAGGGGGGCCACCACGGAGAGGGGGGCCACCACGGAGAGGGGGGCCACCACGGAGGGGAUCAGGGCCACAGGCAUGGGCACGGGCAUGGGAACGCUCAUGCCCACAUCUGAACCAAAAACGUCCACUGCCCGAACCUCGCCUCGCUGCCCAGUCCCCCUCCUCUACCCCUCUCUACCCCCUCUCCUGCCCUGUUCCUGACCCCACAACCUGGCUCCCAGAGCCAGCCUGUAUCAUACUCAACUCUGAGGCCUGACAGCCGACUGCUAGGCCUCACUGAGACAAUAACAAUCUCUUUGUACUCUUCUUUACUUUCACUGCUUUUCUUUUCUGUCUCCCUCCCUCCCGGCCUACUUUUAUCAAGUCAACGAGGACCCAGGAUAUGGGGCUUUGUUCACCUGUUAAAAUCUUAAGAGGUUUCUUUUGUUUCCUUCUAUUUUCACAUUAAUGAUCGUGGAGGAGGAGGUUUAGUACAAACUGUAAAUAGUGACAACAUCGUCAGAAAAUUCUGUAUCAAAAUCAGAAGAGUCGAGGAAUACAUAUACAUGCAAUCCAUGUUUUUCAAUUGAGUCUCCAUUCUAACCUUGUUUUUAACAGAUGUGUUGUCUGACUGUCUUUCUUGACAUUGCUGUUUUUGGUUAGCGCUUUGGAAGACCUUUUGCUUAAUGACCUACAACAGUUAUUCUGAACAGAUUUAGCUACGUGCUUUCUUUGACACUGGCGGUUCUACUGGUUUCAAAUGACUAGCAUUGUAUCUCAUCAUUGUUAUGACAGUCACCUUUAACUGGGUGUAGAGGAAAACCGAGAAAACGCACAGUUAGCCUGUAUCCAAAUCGACCUCACGCCACUGAGGUCGAUCCAGAAGCUCAAAUUUCUCCCCGUAGUGGUGGAAGACCCCCACAGCAGUCCAUGUUUCUUCUAACGAUAUCGUCCUACUGUAUGUGUUUCCUUUCUAAGUCAUUCUGUGUUCCUGCUUCACUAUUAGAGGAGAUAGCUAGUAAGGAGUAGAGAAACCCAACCCAGAAUAGGCCUGAUUAUGACUAGCCUCUCUGAGUCUGGCUUCCCAGCUAGCUAAUAGGCAAUGAUCCUUCAUCAGAAUUCUCUCAUACCCAUCACGACACUCUCAUAUUCCGUCUGUGUCCCGGUGUCAAUGGUCUGUUCGUCUUCCAUUUUGGAGUUCUACUUCUCUGGCCCGCUGAGGAGAAAUUGUUCUGUCAGACUGUCAGAGAGAGAAAAGGAGAGGGGGAGGAAUAGAGAGAGAGAGAGAAAAAAAAGAGAGGAGCAGGGAAUUCGGACUCUUAAUUGCAGUCGCCCCCUUCUCCAGCACAUCAAACAGAGAGAUGACAGGGCUCUCCGACAGGCCGGCGCGUACAGAGCUGGGCCCAUAAUUAGCUUUUUAAAGUAGUGCAGAUGGGGGCAUAAUGCCGGGAUGAACACACACUCUGCCCCACCCGAGGAGGAGUAAGCUGGGCUAAUGUCCUAGUGUAUGGAUCUGGCUUUAAAUACAGAGAACCAGAGUUGUUGGAGGACGCAGAGGUGGCUGGGUUCAGAGGCCAGUCUCAGUGAGAUUUGUGUGGGGGCGACAGUGACAGCGACAGGGCCCACAGAAAAUUCUAGAAACAUUUGAGACGGUUAAAAGAGAUAAAACACCCUUGUAUUUCUGGACCAGUGGUUCAGAAUGGUACCAGGAAACGCAUGAUUUUAAACAGAGCUGUCCUGUCUGCUGCAGCCCGGAGCCGGCUGGGAUAAGACCCGGGCCACCUCCUCUCUCUACAGCGGGUAGAAAAAGGAGACAUGUUUUAUUUUUACUGCAGGAUCCGACUGAUUCUCCAAAGCUCCUUUAUCGCCUUAACGCAAUUCCUCUGAGCUUACGCCCCCACCUUCCUUUCUCUCUUUCUCUCUCUCUCUGUCUCUCCCUCCUCUCUUCCUCUCUCCCUUGUCUUUCAUCAUCAUCCCUUUAUCCACCUUGUCAAUGACACAGACAGGGCCUGAAAGAGAGCAAGCUCCAUAUCAGUACAAUUCAUCUCCCUUAAAGCAUGCUUAAUUAAUGAAGAGGUUAUCGUCAUGACCUUUGUCCCUGGCUGUGAUGACAGGGGCUUUGCUCUGACGGACGGGGAGCCACAGGCCUGUCACAGCACUCACGCUUCUUACGUCUUUUAGAUGUCAGUCUAAUAUCGGCUUUUUUUUCUAUCCUGUCUACCAUUCCAGACAUUCCAGACAACGGAUUGACCGUGGGUGGGUUGGGGCUCCUUAGGCAUAUAAAUCAGCUGAGAUUCUCCUAAAGAUACGGUGAUGACUGUCAUUACUAUGGGGUUAAGCAGGACAGUAUGUGUCUGUCACUUACAGUAGUACGGGGGACGGAGUGUGUGUGUGACAGGAAGAACACAUAUGAAGAGGUGAUUGGAUCUCUCUCACACAAGGUGGACAGAACUGUUAAACAAACAAACCGAGACUCUGCUGAGAUCGAGCCUGGGCUGGACAGAUGUUGGAUAUGAUUAAGGAGUAGAGAUGGAGUCCUGUUUUUUUUUGUUGUUGUACAGUGUAGGCCGACCGAUGUGGAGGCUGCUGUUAUCACUGCACCAGACCAGCUGCUUAUUGGUGGAUCUCCAGGAGCAAUGGGUCAACUCAGCUGACUGUGCUCUGUGGACUGUGUCAGCUUGCUCCGAUGCACACAGACUCUCCAGACACAUACUGUCUCUCCAUCACAGAGACAAAUGUUCUCUCUUGCCCUAUCUGACACUCUCUCGCCCUCUCUUUUUCUGACACACACACGUGCUUACACCCCUCAUAAUCAUAUACGUCCUCGCUCCAGCUUGGAACACACACACACACAGAGCCGCCCUCGCUCCAGCUCCAGACAGCACCCUCUCUCUCACCCACUCUCCCUCUCUACCACUCUCCAGCUCUCCAGUCUGAUGCCCUGAAGGCAGGCAGACGGCUGAGACGAUGGGAUCGCUACUUCAUUGCGAUGAGCCUUAAUUAUGAAGACGAGUCACUAAACAACAGAGGUCGGCCACAGCUGUCUGCUGCCGCGGCAUGGCAUGGUCGGCACGCCUGCAGGAGGAAUACCUUCACAACCAUCUGGGCUUCUUCCUUAGGCUAUAGCCAGCACUUUGCCUUAAUUGCUACGGAGCCAUUCUGAUCACACCGGCUCUGGGUUCCCUGUGGGGGGUGGGUGGGGGAAGAGGGAUCUUAUUUAGAACUAUGUCAGAGCAGUAUCUAUAUCUCUGCACGGUCGGCAAACCGUGAGUGUGUGGAUGAGUGGAUGCGCAGUCGGGUAGCAUGUGAUUGGAUCAGAGGGUUAGAGCAAUGGAGAAGUUCACUUUCUGUCGUCUGUCUCGGGUAGCAACAGACGAGCAGCCGGAGAGGAAGGAAACUCUGUUAGUAUUCUGAAGCACAAGCUAUAAUGAUGCGGAACUUUGCCCUUUUGUAUUUACACUGUUGUAGGAGUGUGAGACAGAGGACAGGAGCGAGGCAGGAGCAGAGAGGAGCAGGGAGAGAGUACCUCUAUUUCAUCAGGGCCCUGCGUUAGCAGCAAGCAUCCAUCAAUGACUACAUACACUGCUUUAGUAUAAACAGUGUAUGUGUGUGUGUGUGUGUGUGUGUGUGUGUGUGUGUGUGUGUGUGUGUGUGUGUGUGUGUGUGUGUGUGUGUGUGUGUGUGUGUGUGUGUGUGUCAUCCCAGUGUGUGUAACACAAGUAUUACUAGUAUUAGUAAGCAUGCAUGGCAAACAAAUAUGAGAUGAGCACAGGUGGAUGAGGGGAGAUUGUUCUUAGAACAGCUAGACAGAAAACGAGCCAGUGGCCAGCGGAACAACCAGGAACCACCACUCAUCUCCUCUCCUCUCUCCUCCCCUGCCUAGACCUCUCUCGCCUCCUCUCCUGUCCUCACUUCACGCCUCCUGUCCUCUCUCUCCUGUCCCCCCCUCCUCUCGGUGCUGGUCGCCAGGAGCCCAGUGAGGGCAGGUAAUCCUGACACUAAACCUCAACACGGCUCUCUACUGUAGGUCACUGUCAUCUCAUUACAAGCUGCUUUCUACCGCAGUGUGCUGGUGAAUGAGAUGACAGCUCUGUAGCAGCAGAGGCAUCAGAAACACCGCUGUGUCAGGACUGGCUCAAGACCAUCAACCAAUGGGAUUCUCAGCAUAGCCGCGGUCCUGCGGUGAGGAAACCUGCUUUCUGACUGCUAGAGGGUAAUGUGUCAACUGUUAUGAUAUUAACCCUAGGAGAGGUCUCAAGUCAAGGAUAAUGAGAUUUACUCUAUAAAGCCAGACCAGCUAUAGUACAUAUGAUAAUGUGGUUGUUUUUAUGAGAGAAUGUAUUCUACGUACAACUGUAUACUACCCAUUUCAGAUGUUAACCUUCUGACAAUGACAAACUGAUCAGACUGGGGAAUGACUAUUGCAUCUGCUGUCAUUGAGACGGCUCAUUGAUUUCAUGGUUAGUCUGUCUGAGGUACUAGUUAGGUUGUCUGUGAGACUGGCAGCAUGACUUGAUAGGCCUACUGCAUAUUUGCUUAUUGUUAGCUAUCCUCAUCAGUGUCGUUGCAAGCUGGCUUUCUGAACUCUUUCCUUUCAUGGUUCAUUUUAGUUUGGGUUGCCAGAAGCUGUUCUCUGUCCCUGUGUGUUUUUACUCCUCUCUAGAACGCCCCUUGACAUUGUGUGUGUUUGUGUGAUUGUUUUGACCCCAAGAUCAAUUCCUUUUGUUUAACAUGAUAUUCCCAUAGCAUAGAAAAUGUUACCCAUAUCUACCAACACUAGGUAUUCUUCGUGCAUAGAUAUGGGAACCAUGUUGACAUGUUAGUUUAUAAUCUGUCCUAAUUGAUGUACAAUCCCCUUGAUAGCCCAGAAUUUGUUUUAUCUGGAAUGUUUAAAUUAUUUCUAAGCAUUAGCUGUUAAGAGCUAAUUUCCCCUUUUUGUGUAUGGUUACAUACAGUACAGUACAGAACUGUAGAGCGUUACAUACUGUAAACUGAUUUAACAUUUAGUCACUGUCAAGAAACCAGCACUCGUAUAGGAAGGAAGCUACAAGCGGAGAGAAUGGGAAAACAAGGGGUCCAGACGCAUAGUAGCCGAGACCACAAAGCACCCUUCUCCACUCCUCCUCUUCUCCUCUCUGUGAUGUAAAUACUCUGUGGGAUUUUUUUCAAAAUCCUUUAAACUCUUGGCGUGUUUGUUGCUUGGACUCCAUGGACCUUAUUCAUACAGUCUCAGCUCCCAAUGCUCCGUUCACCAGACAGACGGGAGAGACACAACCGCUGCUGCCGCAUCAUCAAAAGGAGACGUUCCUUUGGGAAGCCUGAAGUGUCACAUUACAGUUCUGACAGCGCACCGCCUCCCCCAGGACGCGGCAGCGCCACAAGGACUACAGUACAAGCACAGAUACGCUGUGUGAUGAUGAUGAUGAUGAUGUGACAGGCUUAGUGAAUCUGGUCCUCAAGUAUUAAUCCGUAUUUAUUGAUGUUCUUAUGAAUUCCAGUCCUGUCAUAUUGUAAGAUAUUCUUUACAUGACAAAUGAUCAUUAAAAAACUUUGAUUGGACCCGUUA